AUGGCGUCCUUGGUCAAAAAGGUGAUCAGCACCGUGAAAGCCCCGGGGGCCAUUGGUCCUUACAGUCAAGCUGUGCUGGGCGACAGGACUGUUUACAUUUCGGGACAAGUAGGUUUGAACCCUGCAACUGGACAGCUUGUUCCAGGAGGGGUAGUAGAAGAAACUAAACAAGCUGCAACACUUCCAUGA